AUGAAUGCAUUAGUUGCCACCAACAGAAACUUUAAGCUGGCAGCUCGUCUGCUAGGCUUGGACUCCAAACUGGAGAAGAGUCUGCUCAUCCCUUUCAGAGAAAUCAAGGUGGAGUGUACCAUACCAAAGGACGAUGGCACCUUAGCCUCCUUUGUAGGAUUUAGGGUUCAGCAUGAUAAUGCUCGAGGACCCAUGAAAGGCGGAAUUAGAUACCAUCCAGAGGUUGAUCCGGAUGAAGUUAAUGCUUUGGCACAACUGAUGACUUGGAAGACUGCAGUCGCGAAUAUCCCAUAUGGUGGGGCGAAAGGAGGGAUAGGAUGUAGUCCUGGAGACUUGAGCAUUUCGGAGCUUGAAAGGCUUACCCGAGUUUUCACGCAGAAGAUACAUGAUCUUAUUGGAGUCCACACUGAUGUUCCAGCCCCCGAUAUGGGAACAAAUGCACAGACGAUGGCAUGGAUAUUGGAUGAGUACUCAAAGUUUCACGGCCAUUCUCCUGCAGUUGUAACUGGGAAACCUAUUGAUCUUGGUGGAUCGCUAGGCAGAGAUGCAGCAACAGGAAGGGGUGUGCUUUUUGGAACGGAAGCGCUGCUCAAUGAAUACGGAAAAAGCAUUGCAGGCCAACGCUUUGUUAUUCAGGGAUUUGGAAACGUUGGCUCCUGGGCGGCUCAGCUGAUCAGUGAGCAUGGGGGAAAGAUUGUUGCUGUGAGCGACAUCUCGGGAGCCAUAAAAAACACCAAGGGAAUCGAUAUUCCCAACCUGCUCAAGCAUGUGAAGGAUAACAGGGGAGUUAAGGGCUUCCAAGGCGCUGAUAGCAUAGAUCCUAACUCAAUUUUGGUUGAAGACUGUGACAUUCUUAUCCCAGCUGCGCUCGGGGGUGUUAUCAACAGGGAUAACGCAAAAGAUAUCAAAGCCAAAUUUAUCAUUGAGGCAGCCAACCAUCCUACUGAUCCAGAGGCUGAUGAGAUUUUAGCAAAGAAGGGAGUCGUUAUUCUUCCGGACAUAUAUGCCAACUCAGGUGGUGUUACUGUUAGCUACUUCGAGUGGGUUCAGAACAUUCAAGGGUUCAUGUGGGAUGAAGAGAAAGUGAAUUCAGAACUAAAGACUUACAUGACUAGGGGGUUUAAAGAUGUGAAGGAAAUGUGCAACACUCACAACUGUGAUCUCAGAAUGGGUGCUUUCACCCUAGGUGUCAACCGUGUCGCUCGGGCUACUGUUCUCAGAGGAUGGGAAGCCUGA